CGCCGCCGAAUCCCGUAUACCCUCCCGCCGCGCAGCGCCGCCGUCCUCCUCCCCGCCACCAGCAGCCAUGGCGACCGAGCUCGCGUACGCCCCGCCGAUGAAGGCCGGCAAGGAGGGGUUCCAGGGCACGCAGGAUCCGCAGCACAGGAUCCGCAUCACCCUCUCCUCCAAGAGCGUCAAGAACCUCGAGAAGGUUUGCGCCGAUCUGGUUAAGGGAGCCAAGGACAAGAGCCUGAAGGUGAAGGGCCCCGUCAGGAUGCCCACCAAGGUGCUCAACAUCACCACCAGGAAGUCCCCAUGUGGAGAAGGUACCAACACCUGGGAUAGGUUUGAGAUGCGGGUGCACAAGAGGGUGAUUGACCUCGUUAGCUCCCCGGAUGUCGUGAAGCAGAUCACCUCGAUCACCAUCGAGCCUGGUGUCGAGGUUGAGGUGACCAUCAGCGACCAGUAGUAUGCUACCUGUCGUUGAGACCAUUGAACAAGAUACUUUUAGACCUUUGUAGUGUUGGAAACUGGAUUUGUAUGGCUAGGCUCUUUGCAUCUUGGUUCUGAUUACUUGUCGUCUAAGUUAUUGUCAUCGUCAAUUUUCAUUUCUUCAGUGUGUGCUGUAUCAGAUUGGAUGUUUAUACAUGGCUUAGAUUUUUUACUUAACUCUGCUUUAUCA